AUGAGAUCCACAACACCACUGCUUCCGCCGCCCCCACCGACCUACCAGCGAGCAUGCUCUGUCGUCACCGUAGCCAUGUCCGAGUCGCGCACAUCCAGCGUCUUCUGCUUCGACCCGUCGUUUGUAGUGACGGUGACGAAUGUCGUGUCCCAACGCUCGUUCGACGUGGUCAAGUCGUCAAAGGACUUUGACCUGCUGCUUCGAAGCGUCCUCGAUGUCGUCGACACCAACGACCACCACACGUGCUCCCACCCUUCGUGCGCUGCAUUUGCUUCGACUGUGCGAGCGUUGGCUCUACGUCGUCAUUGGUCCCUCAUUCAGCGGCCCCGUCGAGACUCGAAAGCAGUACUAGACACAUUGUUCACGUUCACUCAAGCACCAAGCGACUGCCCCGUGACUGACCAGGCCAUCCCUCGUAAGCUCAUCGUGUUCUUGUUUGACGAAGCCAAAUUCGACUUGCAGCACUUUUGGAAGGAGGCGGCAGUGCCAGCCAACGUCGACGACGUUGCCGAUCGAACGGAGGGAAAGUAG